UGAGAGAAUAGACCGAGAGGAGCUUUGUGUGGGGGAGCCCAGAUGCACUGUUAGCGUAGAGGCUGUGAUCAACAAUCCGUUAAAGCUUUACCGCGUAGAGAUAGAAAUAAAAGACGUGAAUGACCAUUCUCCGUCUUUUAGCACGAAAUCACAAAUACUGGACAUAGCAGAGAACACCUUGCCUGGAUUUAGAUUCGCGUUGUCGGAGGCAAGCGAUGCUGAUGUGGGUAGAAAUGCUGUUAGCGCAUAUAAGCUCAGUCCAAACGAAUACUUCACUCUUGCGACACACAAAAGGGGUGAGAGCAUAUCUCCAGAGUUAGUGCUCCAAAAAGCCCUCGACCGUGAGAAAAAGGCACAUAUGCAGCUCAUGUUAACCGCUGUAGACGGAGGAACACCACCAAAUUCAGGGACAUCAGAAAUUGAAAUAAAUGUAUUAGAUAACAAUGAUAACGCACCAAUGUUCAGUAGCACUCUUUAUAAAGUGCAAGCGUUUGAAAAUGUCCCGAUUGGUACGACAGUCUUUACCUUAAAUGCUACUGAUGCUGAUGAAGGCACAAACAGUGAAAUUGUAUACUCUCUUCGUAACAAGGAUCAGGACCAUAUUCUGGAUAUUUUCAAAAUUGACCCUGAAACGGGGGUUAUUUCAGUGAAAGGCAAAAUCGACUAUGAGGAAAGAAAGGCUUUUGAGAUUAGAGCAGAGGCUCGGGACAAAGCCCAGCCUCCCCUGUCUGCUCAUAGUAAAGUGUUAGUAGAAGUAAUUGACGUAAACGACAACGCUCCUGAAAUCAGCGUGACGUCACUGCUCAAUACAGUGAACGAGGACGCUGCUGUCGGUACUGCUAUUGCACUUGUUUCGGUUCUCGACAGGGACAGUGGUAAAAAUGGUGAGGUAAAAUGUGAGAUCUUGAAUUCGGUCCCGUUCAAAUUGGAGACAAAUUACAAAAAUUAUUACUCUUUAGUGGUUGACGGACAUCUGGACAGAGAGGCAACUCCUCAGUACAAUUUAACAAUUUCAGCAACCGAUGAAGGCAGUCUUCCUCUUUCAAACGUCAGUGUUAUUACUGUUCACGUUUCUGAUGUCAAUGACAAUGCACCGUAUUUCCCAGAACCUUUAAUAAACGUUUACGUGAAAGAAAACGGCAAAGUAGGAACAGUUAUUAAAGCAAUGACUGCAAUUGAUGCUGACGUAAGCAACAACGGCCAGGUGACCUAUUCGUUUUUAGAUGGUAAUAGUAAAUCUAUGUCCCUCCCUACAAUGGUGAACAUCAACUCAGAGACAGGAGACAUAAUCAGCCUGCAGUCUUUUAACUAUGAGGAGUUAAAAACGUUUCAGUUUAAAGUUCAGGCCACAGACUCUGGUGUUCCUCCGCUCAGCAGCAACGUGACUGUGAACGUUUUAAUUCUGGAUGAAAAUGACAAUAAUCCAACAAUUCUCGCGCCUUAUUCUGAGCACGGCUCCGUUAACAGUGAGAGCAUCCCCUAUUCUGCUGAAGCGGGAUACUUUGUGGCAAAGAUCAGGGCUGUAGACGCAGACUCUGGAUACAAUGCGCUGCUUUCUUAUUACCUGUCUGAACCAAAAGGAAACAACCUCUUCCGGAUCGGAACCAGCACCGGAGAAAUCAGGACUAAGAGGAGAAUGAGUGACAAUGACCUGAAAGCUCACCCCUUGGUGGUGUUGGUUUCUGAUAGUGGAGAACCCUCCCUGUCAGCUACUGUGUCUAUUGAUGUGAUGGUGGUUGAAAGCACAGCUGACAUCCAGACUAAUUUCAGACGUGUGCCCAUAAAGGAGGAGAGCUUCUCUGAUUUAAACCUGUAUCUGCUGAUCGCCAUUGUGUCGGUGUCAGUGAUCUUUCUGCUGAGCCUCAUCAGUUUAAUAGCUGUCAAAUGCCACAGGACAGACGGCGAUUUCAGCAGGUACAGCGCCCCCAUGAUCACCACCCACCCUGACGGGAGCUGGUCUUACUCUAAAGCUACUCAGCAGUAUGACGUGUGUUUCAGCUCAGACACGCUGAAGAGUGACGUAGUGGUUUUCCCCGCACCGUUUCCACCUGUAGAUGCUGAGCUCAUCAGUAUUAAUGGAGGAGACACUUUUACACGGACUCAGACUUUACCUAAUAAAGAAAAGACUCGGGUGUUGUCCUUGGUGCUGAUGUUGUGA